AUGAGGUCAUGUGCCCUCCCCUUUGAGCUUCCAUAUAAAAAGCCUCUCCUCCUCCCUCGCUUUCUCUUGCUCCAUCUCUACAUCUCACAACGAAUAUCAGGUAUCGCGAUUCCUUUCCAUCACGCCACUAUUGAGCCGUUGAGUCCUUCAUCACAUUCUAACAUGACACGCUCACACAAGGUCAACGACCACGACCAUACUGGCCUUGCCGACGACGUUGUGCCUCGUUACUUCGCAAAGACAGGCCCCAUCAAUGCUGAUCCCAACAAGACCAAGAAAGACGGAGGCGGCAAGGGCAACUGGGGCCGUUCUGGAGAAGAAGUUCAGGACUAUGACUACAAUUUCACCAACGCUCGCCGUCGCUCAAACAGCAGCAACCACGGGUUAUCCGACUUCAAGACCAAGUUCGAGACCGUAGAACCUGAGCCAGUCUUUGAGGAGGAGUUCCCAGGUGUAGACGAGAAGCAGGGCAGUGGUAUCGUACGCGAGGUCGAAGCAGAUACUGAUGUCAAUCGUACGACCUCGGCAUCAUGA